AUGGAUAAAGUGAUGAUUACCUCAGAUGUCGGUCACUCGAGGUGUCCUUUGAGUGCUGACAACGAGGACUCGACGCGACUAUUGUAUGGCUUCCUCUACUCUCUCAAGUCAUUCACCGCACGAAUAGGUCCGGUGGUGAGCAAAGACAACAACUUCUUGACCUACUCGACGAAUGCCUAUCAGUUGAUAUUCUACGAAAUGGCCACUUCUGUCAAGUUUGUGCUCCUCGUGAGUCCCGACUCCACCAAAAACAACGAGUACUACAAACAACUUCUUCGUGAUAUGUAUCGCAUUGUUUACGUCGAGUAUUACGUGAAGAAUGGCAUCAGAAGUGAGUCGCAAGUCAUUGAUUCGCAACUAUUUCGCGACAAAUUGGUUGAGUUCUUCAGUAAAGUCUAA